CACAUUUUUCAAACUGCUAAUACUAUUCGGUACAUUAUGUUCUUGAGGAAUUUGCGUUUUUACAUUUACUGAAAAGAGUUAGGUUUACGCGGAAACUCACGAUGACACCCGAUUUUUAGCGUUACGCAAAGCCACCUGUACCAUCACCGUCAACCGGUCACCAUUGAAUUACCUUACUCACAACAGAAAGAUCACCUUUUGCGCCUUCUCUCUUAAACGUCUUCAUUAAACAGCCUGAACUUACCCAUAACUUGGCAUUGGCGCUGAUCAUGUUAGCUUUCUGACGGCAUACGCCUUAUGCACUGCACAGCAUCUUCCUGCUUUCUCAUUGCUUGAUGUUCGCAACACUUAACCCACUAGAGAAGGACUCAAUGGCUACUUGUUACCGUACCACGUGGAAAAUAACGAGUGCUGUUGCCUUGGAGCGUCCUAUCGUCUAUGCUCUCGUGCCCGAUCCGGCCGCCGGCACUGCCCAGUGUCUACAGGAGACUUCUAGAUUUAGCAGCGAGCCCCUUACCGCACCGUAUUGUCGAUGCUGGGUAUCCCGACGAUGCUGUCGAGGAUGGUUCCAAAAGGUAGGUAUUCAUCAAUCUACGAACGGCAACGGUACUUGUGACGCUGGGAAUUUCUGCAAAGGCUUAUUACUGAAUUAAAGCAAACUUCGUUAAAGCAAAAGGUUCGGUACGUCGAGAUCUUCUUCCAGGCUCAGAUCAAUAAAGUAUUAUUAACUUCUCGUGCGCAAAAGUACUAAGUGUUUAUGAUGCAAUUUGUAAUAAGAUGUACGGAAGUCCAGUCGUAAUCAGCCUA